CGGGCGGGGGGGCGGCGCUCGGCGCACCGGCCGCGGCUGAGGCGGGCUGAGGGAGGCGGCGCGGGCCGGACGCGGGCCGAGCCCGGCGGAGGACGCGCGGGCGGCGAAGGCAGCGGAGGCGGCAGCCGCGGCUGUGGUGGGUGAGGCGGCCUGCGGUGUUCGGGCCCGGCCGCUCGUGAAGAGGAGGAAGAGGAGAAGCGGCCGCGACCAUGUCGGCGGGCGGCCGCGACGAGGAGCGGCGGAAGCUGGCCGACAUCAUUCACCAUUGGAACGCCAACCGGCUGGACCUGUUCGAGAUCAGCCAGCCGACCGAGGAUCUGGAGUUUCAUGGAGUCAUGAGAUUUUAUUUUCAAGAUAAAGCUGCUGGAAACUUUGCAACAAAAUGCAUUCGGGUAUCUAGCACGGCAACCACUCAAGAUGUGAUUGAAACACUGGCAGAGAAGUUCCGCCCUGAUAUGCGCAUGCUGUCCUCUCCCAAAUAUUCCCUCUAUGAAGUGCAUGUCAGUGGAGAAAGAAGAUUAGACAUUGAUGAGAAACCUCUAGUUGUGCAGUUGAACUGGAACAAAGAUGAUCGGGAAGGUAGAUUCGUCCUUAAGAAUGAAAAUGACGCCAUUCCUGCCAAGAAGGCUCAGAGUAAUGGACCUGAGAAGCAGGACAAAGAAGGCGUCAUUCAGAACUUCAAGAGAACUCUUUCAAAGAAAGAAAAGAAGGAAAAAAAGAAGAGAGAAAAAGAGGCACUGAGACAAGCCUCUGAUAAGGAAGAAAGGCCUUCACAAGGGGAUGACAGCGAGAAUUCUCGACUGGCUGCUGAAGUCUACAAAGACAUGCCUGAGACGAGCUUUACUCGGACAAUUUCUAAUCCUGAGGUAGUAAUGAAACGGCGGCGGCAGCAAAAACUUGAGAAAAGAAUGCAAGAGUUUCGGAGCUCAGACGGGCGGCCUGACUCAGGUGGAACAUUGAGAAUAUAUGCAGAUAGUUUAAAACCAAAUAUUCCAUACAAGACAAUCCUGCUGUCUACUACAGAUUCCGCAGACUUUGCUGUAGCGGAAUCUCUGGAGAAGUAUGGUCUGGAAAAAGAGAAUCCCAAGGACUACUGCAUUGCCCGGGUUAUGCUUCCCCCUGGAGCUCAGCAUUCUGAUGAAAGAGGUGCUAAGGAAGUUAUUCUUGAUGAUGACGAGUGUCCUUUACAAAUCUUCAGGGAAUGGCCAAGUGACAAAGGGAUUUUAGUCUUUCAACUGAAGAGGAGACCACCGGACUAUAUCCCAAAGAAAAUGAAGAAACACGUUGAAGGGAAGCCACUGAAGGGGAAGGACAGAGUUGAUGGGUCUGGCUAUGGUUCUGCUCUUCCUCCUGAGAAACUGCCCUACUUAGUAGAGUUAAGCCCCGGGAGAAGGAAUCACUUUGCGUACUACAGCUAUCACACCUAUGAAGAUGGCUCUGACUCCAGAGACAAGCCAAAGUUAUACCGCCUUCAAUUAAGUGUGACUGAAGUUGGGACAGAGAAGUUUGAUGACAAUUCUAUCCAGUUGUUUGGCCCAGGGAUUCAGCCCCAUCACUGUGAUCUCACGAACAUGGAUGGAGUGGUCACUGUGACUCCCAGAAGUAUGGAUGCAGAGACCUACGUGGAUGGCCAGCGCAUCUCAGAGACUACCAUGCUGCAGAGUGGCAUGAAAGUGCAGUUUGGCACCUCACACGUGUUUAAGUUUGUGGACCCCAUCCAGGACCACGUUCUUUCGAAGAGAUCUGUGGAUGGAGGCCUGAUGGUCAAGGGCCCAAGACAUAAACCUGGAGCUGUUCAGGAGACAACCUUUGAUUUGGGAGGAGAUAUUCACAGUGGGACAGCAUUGCCAGCAAGCAGGAGCACGACUAGACUGGACAGUGACAGGAUGUCCUCUGCCUCCAGCACUGCUGAGCGAGGGAUGGUGAAACCAGUGAUCCGAUUGGACCAGGAGCAGGAUUAUCGCCGAAGAGAAAGCAGAACCCAGGAUGCGGUUGGGCCUGAGCUGAUCCUGCCUGCCAGCAUUGAAUUCAGGGAAAGCUCGGAAGAUUCUUUUUUGUCCGCCAUUAUAAACUAUACCAAUAGCUCUACAGUUCACUUUAAGUUGUCGCCGACGUAUGUGCUGUACAUGGCAUGCCGGUAUGUAUUGUCCAGCCAGCACAGGCCCGACAUCAGCCCUGCAGAACGCACACAUAAGGCCAUCGCUGUUGUCAACAAGAUGGUGAGCAUGAUGGAAGGGGUCAUCCAGAAACAAAAGAACAUUGCCGGGGCACUUGCUUUCUGGAUGGCAAAUGCAUCUGAACUUCUCAACUUCAUCAAGCAGGACCGAGACCUUAGUCGGAUCACACUAGAUGCCCAGGAUGUUUUGGCACACUUGGUUCAGAUGGCAUUUAAGUACUUGGUUCACUGUCUUCAGUCAGAGCUUAAUAACUACAUGCCAGCCUUUCUGGAUGAUCCUGAGGAGAACAGUCUGCAAAGACCAAAAAUAGAUGACGUGCUGCAUACACUCACCGGAGCCAUGUCCUUGCUGAGGCGCUGCAGGGUCAAUGCUGCCUUGACCAUCCAGCUAUUCUCCCAGCUCUUCCAUUUUAUCAAUAUGUGGCUGUUCAACAGAUUGGUGACUGACCCAGAUUCAGGCCUGUGUUCUCACUACUGGGGAGCAAUUAUCCGCCAGCAGCUAGGGCAUAUUGAAGCCUGGGCAGAGAAGCAGGGACUAGAGCUGGCAGCUGAUUGUCACUUGAGCAGGAUUGUGCAGGCUACUACUUUGCUUACCAUGGAUAAGUAUGUGCCUGAUGACAUUCCAAAUAUAAACAGCACAUGCUUUAAGUUAAAUUCUCUGCAACUUCAAGCCUUAUUACAAAAUUACCACUGUGCACCUGAUGAGCCUGUUAUCCCUACGGAUCUCAUAGAAAGUGUUGUGGCUGUUGCUGAGAACACAGCUGAUGAGCUCGCCCGCAGUGAUGGCAGAGAUGUUCAGUUGGAGGAGGACCCUGACCUACAGCUACCUUUUCUUUUGCCAGAAGAUGGAUAUUCCUGUGAUGUCGUCAGAAACAUUCCAAAUGGUUUACAAGAAUUUUUAGACCCUCUUUGCCAGAGAGGAUUUUGCAGGUUGAUUCCUCAUACACGUUCACCAGGUACUUGGACGAUAUAUUUUGAAGGUGCAGAUUAUGAAAGUCACCUUAUGCGUGAGAACACAGAACUGGCCCAGCCUCUGAGGAAGGAACCUGAAAUAAUCACUGUGACCCUAAAAAAACAGAAUGGAAUGGGCCUCAGCAUUGUAGCAGCAAAGGGUGCUGGCCAGGAUAAACUGGGAAUCUACGUUAAGUCUGUUGUGAAAGGAGGCGCUGCAGAUGUGGAUGGACGUCUAGCUGCUGGUGACCAGCUCCUCAGUGUGGAUGGACGAAGUCUGGUUGGACUUUCUCAGGAAAGGGCAGCAGAACUCAUGACAAGAACCAGUUCUGUGGUCACACUUGAAGUUGCAAAGCAAGGCGCCAUCUAUCACGGCCUGGCCACCCUCCUUAACCAGCCAUCCCCCAUGAUGCAGAGAAUUUCAGAUCGUCGUGGCUCAGGUAAACCCAGACCAAAGAGUGAAGGUUUUGAGCUCUAUAAUAAUUCAGCUCAAAAUGGCUCCCCAGAGAGUCCUCAGCUGCCUUGGACAGAGUACAGUGAGCCAAAGAAACUUCCUGGUGACGACAGACUGAUGAAAAACAGAGCUGAUCACCGUUCCAGCCCCAAUGUGGCAAAUCAGCCUCCUAGCCCUGGAGGGAAGAGUCCAUAUGCUUCUGGAACAGCAGCUAAGAUAACAUCUGUCUCUACUGGAAACCUCUGCACUGAGGAGCAGACUCCUCCACCUAGACCUGAAGCCUAUCCCAUCCCUACUCAGACGUACACCAGAGAGUAUUUUACCUUUCCAGCUUCAAAAUCCCAGGAUCGGAUGGCCCCUCCUCAGAACCAGUGGCCAAAUUAUGAGGAAAAGCCACAUAUGCACACAGAAAGUAAUCAUUCCAGUAUUGCAAUCCAGCGUGUUACCCGUUCCCAGGAAGAGCUUCGAGAAGAGAAGGUUUACCAACUUGAGCGGCAUCAAGUAGAGGCUGGCUUGGAUCGCAAGUGUGACAGUGAUAUGUGGAUCAAUCAGAGCUCCUCAGUGGACUCCAGCACAUCCAGCCAAGAGCACCUAAACCAUUCCUCCAAGUCAGUCACCCCUGCUUCCACUCUGACCAAAAGUGGUCCUGGACGUUGGAAAACUCCAGCAGCAGUUCUACCCACCCCUGUCGCUGUCUCCCAGCCCAUUCGAACAGACCUACCUCCACCACCCCCUCCACCUCCUGUCCACUACACCAGUGAUUUUGAUGGCAUCCCAGUGGAUUUGCCCCUCCCACCUCCUCCUACCAACCAGGUAGGACCCCAGUCUGCUCAGGUGGCUGCUGCAGAGCGGAAAAAGAGAGAAGAACAUCAGCGGUGGUAUGAGAAAGAGAAGGCCCGCCUCGAGGAGGAACGAGAGAGAAAGCGCAGGGAGCAGGAGCGGAAGUUGGGGCAGAUGCGCACACAGUCCCUGAACCCUGCUUCCUUCUCUCCUUUGGCCACACUGACCAAGCCAGAAAAGCCUUCCACAUUGCAGAGGCCCCAAGAAACAGUCAUUCGGGAGCUGCAGCCCCAGCAACAGCCCCGCACGAUUGAGCGCAGGGACCUGCAGUACAUCACCAUCAGUAAAGAAGAACUGUCUUCUGGUGAUAGUCUGUCUCCAGACCCCUGGAAACGAGAUGCCAGGGAGAAGCUGGAGAAACAACAGCAAAUGCACAUUGUGGACAUGCUGAGCAAGGAGAUCCAUGAGCUGCAGAACAAGGUGGACCGCACUGCAGAGGAGAGUGACCGCCUGCGGAAGCUCAUGCUGGAGUGGCAGUUCCAGAAGAGACUGCAGGAGUCCAAGCAGAAGGAUGAGGAUGAUGAGGAAGAGGAGGAUGAUGAUGUGGACACCAUGCUGAUCAUGCAGCGUCUGGAGGCUGAGCGCAGAGCCAGGCAGACUGCUAUGCCAGCAAUCUCUGUUCUAGAUUUGUUGCAGGAUGAGGAACGCAGGCGCCAGCAGCAGUUGGAAGAAAUGCGCAAACGAGAAGCAGAAGAUCGUGUGAGACAAGAGGAAGACCGCCGCCAUCAGGAGGAGGAGCGAGUAAAGAGAGACGCUGAAGAAAAGGUUAUGGUCCUCUAAAGGCAGCUAGUUUUUACCAUAUUAGCCUGAACACAAAUGGUUGGCUAGGGAAAAGGGGGCUAGAAAUGUGUGUAUCUAGGGUGCAUAAGACAGAACAGGGACGAAUCUUCCAGCCUUUGCUAUUGGACCAAAAACUCUAGCCCCAUCUGGCCUGCCUACCUCUCUUCUGGACUGUCUUCAGGCUCCUUUGCUUCUGAGCUGGUUUCCCUCCAACUCUUGAGCACCAUGCCCCAGAGCUGGGGUCUGGGACAUGAUAGUGCUCUGGUUUCCAGACAGGGUCCAGGAGGCUUUUAUGAAGGUGUUGCUUGUUCAGUUAUUGUGAGAAUUUAGUGUGAACUCUGGGAGGCAAUAGGAGAAUAGCAAGACGGUCGGUUCUCGUUAACCAUUUCAAACAGGUUAUUCAUAAAACUACUUAAUUCUGGUUGGUGGUAAAGAGGGUUGGAUGGCUCGUAAAACACACACGAGAAAAAUUUAGUGUGUAACCCAACAAAUAUUCUUUUGAUCUCUAUAUGUGGGUUUUAACUCAAGUAAGUUUCAUAGUUGAAUUUUAAAAUGAUAAGUUUUGACAUUCUUCAAAGCAGGAACUUUAAGAUGUAGCUCUCAGAUCGUUCUGUGUCUGAGGCUGAGGCUUUCUUAGGUGAGAAGGCUGCUACCUUGAGCCCAAGUCGGCUCUGCCCUGUCACUGAGGAUUGCAUGUUUCUGUGUGGUUUGAGAGGAGCUGUUUUUCUUGGUUACUUACCUUCUGUGAAGGUAGAAGCUCUGAGUGUCACUACUUCGGAUGGAGAAAAGUUUAGUUUUUAUUAACAGUUACUUCCUUGAUAGUCCCAGUGAACUAUGUAAAUAGGAAUGCCCUCUUCCCCCCAUAAAAUAAAAAAAAAAAAUCAUAAAUUUUAAGGAAGGUCUAAAUUUCUAAUGAAGAGAUGGUCAAAAGACCAUCUAAGAGUAAGAUUGAGAGACAUGGUGUGGUUCACUUAAAUGAACACAGAGUGGAUGAUGUGAGGGCACAUGCUCGCAUCUAGAGCAGUAACUGAUACCCUACUUCUACAGUAGGAGAGCAGCAGAGCAGUUCUGAAACACUGCACUUUUAGGGCCCUCUUCCCCAUGAGUCUUUCAUUUGUGAAUGUCAUUUGAAGUGGUGAUCCCUGCAGGAAAUCAGGAAGUGUCCAUCACUGGAGCCAAGUUUCUAAGUUAUGGUGGUGGUCUCACUUUGCUGUUUAUUCCUCCUGCAGGGAGGCGUGCUUUCCCAGCUCAGGGCUGCCUCAUUGUAAUUAGAACAGCCUGGGUCUUGCUGGAGCCUUGAUGAAGCAGCCUGGUCUUUGCAUCAGAGCUGUGUGCUCAGAGGGAAGCAGGCUGUGCUUUCUGUGUGGAGAAACUCCCGGUUAUUUAAUUUUUCCAAUGUGUGUUUUCAUAAUUAUGUCAAACAUCCUUGUGUUUUAGUAACUGUUUCUAUAAUUGAGUAGUCACUGUAAAAAGAAACUGAAAUACUAUUUUUACUGCAGAAUGUCCACAGUGUGAUUCUUAUGGAACAUGUGCGUCCGUUUUCUGGAUAAAGUCACCAUGGUCAUUUAAUUGUAUUUGUUCUUGGUAUAACUGAAAAAGGUUGGUUUGGCCUCUCCGUACAGUGUUACCAAACGGUUGUUCUUCAUGUAAUUUAAUGUUCUCGACAGUACCACUUAAAAAACACAGACGUCGUUGUUGCUUAAUUACCCAACUUAAGAGCGAACUGGUUUGGUAUAGUCAAGAAGAUAAAAAUACCUUUCCUUUAGGAUUUCACAACGUAGAACAAGAAAUAAAGCUGGAAAUUGGGACCAGGGUAAUGAGUGGGACUGGCCUUAGUCUUCCCUUUUCUUUCCUAGGAUGUGUAUGUUCACUGUGUGUGCUUGUGUGUAGCUGUCUAGAGACCAGGAAAAGGAUGCAGCCUAGUGAGGACUGAAAAAAAACAUCAUACCAGCAAAGUCCCUACUGUUAGUUUUCUGUGAUUGAAUGAAUAUAAGCCUGGCUGCACUUGGUUUCCUAGCAUUGAACAUUUGCUUAAGUCAAGGCAGAUUAUUUUGUUUGCUCUUUCAUCCCUUUUCAUAUUUACUUUCUUCUUGUGCUCUAAAACUCUUUCCAAUCCUUAACAAAACUGUGUUGUUGCCUUUUUAAAUGUUAAAAGAAUUUCAAUACUGUCAACUGUAGUUUGCCUGGAUAAAAAUGUACAGUGUGUGUCGGAAUAUAUCUACUAUUACUAUUAAUGCUUGGCUCUCAUUUUCUGUUCUUCAGAGAGUUUGUUAAGAUUUGAAAUAUACAUUAACUGUGGAAAGCAUACUUACUAGAUUGUGGCUUUGGGAAAAUGGGUGAUAUUUCUUGCUAUUUAUGGUUUUCUAUUGAAACGCAGAAGAAACAGGUAAGUUACUAUCCUGUCCAAACAGAAAGGGAGAGGAAAAGUUUGAGGAGAAGAAGAAUAAAGAACAUACAUGAUCCAGAGUCUGCGUGUGCUCACACGUCUCGAGACGAGACAGGCUCUGGGCUGGCCUACUUCUUCUGUCACAGGAUUGUGACACUGAAAUGUGAUGUGCUGUGGACAUGCCAGUGUAGUGACGAUAGUGAUUAUCAGUGACCUGUCGUUCCCUGUGAAGGCUCAGAGGGUCCACUGAUGCCCCCUGACCCUUGACCUCUUGCACUCUUGU